AUGGUACUUAUUCCAGUCAUUGGGUAUUUCGAUAGCAUCCCCUCCCAGCGCGUCCUGCCCAGCGUAGAGCCAGGUUACCUCCGUCCUCAGAUCCCUGAUAGCCCGCCCGAGGAGCCAGAAGAAUGGUCGCAAAUCCAGGCAGAUGUCGACUCCAAGAUCAAACCCGGAUUGACUCAUUGGCAGUCCCCCAAGUUCAUGGCUUUCUUCCCCUCCACGACAUCUUACCCUAGUAUUCUCGGAGAACUUUACUCUUCCGCGUUCAGCGCCCCCGGAUUCAACUGGCUCUGCUCCCCAGCAUGUACAGAGCUGGAAACCGUGGUUAUGGACUGGAUGGCCAAGGCGAUGGGGCUUCCAGAGUGCUUCCUGAGCUCGUCGGAGACUCGUGGAGGGGGCGUCAUCCAGCUCAGUGCCAGUGAUGCGGUUGCGACUGUCAUGAUUGCAGCUCGCGAAAGGCGGGUGCACGAACUUGUGCUGGCUGAAGGGCUGAAAGAAGGUACCAUGGAGUACGAGGACAGAGUAAUGGACCUGCGACCUCGUCUUGUUGCGUUAAGCAGCUCCCAGGCCCACAGCAGCACCGCCAAGGCCGCUCUUCUCGCUGGCACACGAUAUCGCAGUAUUCCUGUAACACUGGAGGAGAAUUUGGAGUUAACAGGACCCAGCCUCAGGGCCAUGCUUGAACAGCUUGAAAAGGACAAACUGGCGCCCUAUUUUAUUACUCUCUGCUUGGGAUCCACCAACUCUUGCGCCGUUGACCGUUUUGCAGAAAUUAAAGCGGUUCUCGCUGAGAAGCCCGCGUGGCAAAGGAUCUGGGUGCAUAUUGAUGCGGCUUAUGCCGGUUCCGCUCUAAUUGCUGAUGAGUGGCAAUAUAUCGCAAAGGAGUUCGCGGACGGUGUGGAUACUUUCAAUAUGAACAUGCAUAAGUGGCUGCUUGUCAACUUCGAUGCUAGUCUUCUAUACGUCCGAAACCGACACGAUCUCACCAACUUCCUCGACAUUACACCUGCCUACCUUCGCAAUCCUUAUUCUGAAUCGGGACAGGUGAUUGACUACCGCAAUUGGUCUAUUCCUCUAGGACGCCGUUUCCGCGCUUUGAAGAUUUGGUUUGUUAUGCGUAGCUACGGCCUCAAUGGGCUGAAGCAGUAUAUCCGCAAAGGAAUCAGCCUGGGUGAGAUCUUUGCAGAACUCGUACGGGGUCGACCGGAUCUUUUCGAGAUUAUCACCAAACCAGCUUUUGCUCUGACAGUCUUCCGCAUUAAAGGCCCUAAGCUCGCUAGUGCUAACGGAGCAAUCAACAACGGCACAACUACAACUCAGCCUGAUGAGGAGUCAAAUGCGAUUACCAAGGAGGUCUACGAGCUAAUCAACUCUCGUGGCGAGUUCUUCCUGACCUCGACUGUGAUAUCUGGUUUAUAUGCCAUCCGAUUGGUGAGCGCCAACGAGAGAGCCGAGGAGAAAUAUAUUCGCCUUGCAUUUGAUACCCUUGUCAAGACAACCGAAGAGAUUCUUCAAAAUCAAAAAUAA